AUGGCGCCCAUUCUGCGCCCGAGGCAGAGCCUCUCCAGAGAUAGAUUCUCUGGGUACUUUGCCAACCUCAAGAGCCAGCCGUAUACGGAUCCGAAUUCCUCCAGAGGGGCCGGCAGUCACAGCAUACGAUCAAUUGCGUGGAAUCCCCUGGGGACCCUGGUGGCGACAGGUUCGAUUGACAAGACGCUACGAGUCUGGAACCCCGAGAAGCCCCAUGUCAAGUUUUCGACGGAGCUCAAGGGCCACGGCGCCUCGGUGGAAAAGGUGGCAUUUAACCCAAUUAAGGACGCAGAGCUGUGCAGCGUAAGCAGUGACGGCGUCGUCAAGUUCUGGGAUGUGAGGACCAAAGCGUGCUUCAACGAGGUCAAGGGCCUCGGAGACGCGCUGAGCCUCACCUGGGCGCCCGACGGGCAGACGCUCCUGGUGGGGAACAAGGACGACAGCGUCUAUAUCCUGUCCCCCUCGCAGCCGAGCCCCGUCGGCUCGCACCAGCAGCCUAUGCAGACGAACCAAAUCGCAUUCUGCUGGGGCGGGGAGAAGAUUUUUGCAACCACGUCGGAAGGGCGGACGCGGAUCCUCACCUACCCGGGCUUCGAGCCUGUCUUCAACUACACCUACUACCCAGAGCCGCGCGAGUUUAUGCUGCACGGGCACACCUCUUCGUGUCUGACGGCCGAGAUGCAGCCCACGGCAAGGUACUUGGCAACGGGGGGGUCGGAUUCCAUCAUUUCGCUGUGGGAUACCACGGACUUUAUCUGCCAGAGGACGCUUUCGGGAAUGGCCGGCCCGGUGAGAAGCAUCAGCUUUACAUUCGACGGAAGCUACAUUGUCGGCGGAAGCGACGAGGGCAACGGACUGGACAUUUUCCAUGUCGAGACGGGGGAACACGUGCACACGUUUAAGACGGCGGGCUCGUGCCCGGUCGUGGCGUGGGCGCCGACGCGGUACUGUCUGGCGUACAGCGAUCUCGGAGUGCUCCGGAUCGUUGGUGUGGAUGUUGAUAGGAAAUGA